GUCCCCAAUCGAUUUCCACCUUUUGACUAAAAAAGCUGCACACAGAUACACGGGAGAGUGCGUGUAUUUAAGUCGCGAACCUCCUUUCUCUCUCUCCAUCGCCGAUCGUCAUCAGUCGGGCAUGUGAGGGAUUUGAAUUCAAAAGUGAAGAAGAGGAUCUGCACAGUCGUAAAGGUGACGCCUUGGGUCGUGGGACUGCUUCAGGUCGCCGUAACCGUUGCUGGGUCAACCCGUCUCUCCGUCGUUGACCGGAUUCAGCUCGGAUUUGUCGGGUUUCUUUCGGAUCUUGGACAGGUCUGUGCUUCCUUUUCUUGUCUCAAGCUCCACAACCUUCAGAAGAUAACGGAUCAGCUGUGAGAUCUGAAUCAGACUGCUGCACUAAAAUGGUUCAGACGCUUGAAGCUAUCAAAGGUGGUGGAGGCUCCAUCAAGGUUGGCACAACAGGGACGAUAAGUGCCCUCAUGACAAGGGAGCUCGAGUCCCUUAAAUCCGCACCAAAAAUGCCUAUAUCUCCGAGAAAUAAGCAUCGGACAGUUGCUGUUUCCAUUCCCUGUAAAGCAACUGCUACUAAAAGACCACAACCGAGAAAAUCUCAAGACGGGGCAAGCAGCAGCAACAGCAGUAUUACCGGUCACCGGUGCUCUGAGGACUACCGAAAGACCAAAGACUAUAAGAACAACUACCGGGUCCCGAUACUCGGGGCACACAAUGUGACACUAGAUGGGACCCCUGUGAGGGAAAAGCCCGAGAGACGGGGGACCAACAUUGUGGAGGUUGUCGAUAUCAGGUGUGGGAGUGCAGACAGAGCCUGGGCUAGCCCCAUAACCAAGCUCAAAAAGCUCGGCUUUUCCAAGCUCUCCGAAAGCAUCAUCUAGGCUGGCAGCUUGGCCGGCACAUCCGACUUCAGGGCCCGAUAACCAAGCCAAGGAGAAACCCCGAUCAUCCUUUUCUUGUCAGAGACUUCCACUAGGGUGCAUAUGCUUGGGAGGAAGCGUCCACUUGUUGUCUUCUUCUUCUUCUGAGUCACAGCCGACCCGACCGUGCUCCCGGAAUGAUCACUGAACGAAGUUGUGUUGAAAGCCUGGUGGUUCUUGGGGAUAUCCUGGGUGCUAAGCUCGAGGUUCUUGAAGUACCUGAUUUCUUGCAUGAUGAGGGAUCCAACAGUCCCGCGGGUGCCGAUUUCGACUGGGGUAGCCUUCUUGUCCAAUGUUCCCAUGUCCAUCAUGAUGGGAUCGUUGUGAAUGUAUCUUUGGAGUUGUGGAGGCUUUGGAUAUGAGAGGGAAGGUAUGGCUUUUCGGGGUCUUGUGAGAUUGCUUGGUGCAUUGGGCAUCUUGGUGUCUGGUCUAUUUAUAAGACAGCAGUGUGCUCACAUGAAUUCUCUACCUUAUAUUUCUCCUUUUUCUUAUCUCAAUUAAAUUGCUAAGAUAUUUUUCUUUAUUAGCUGGGGGCAACUUUUACUGCUUGUCACUGUAUUCAUGUGCCCGCAGUGACAACCUUCCAAUCAGCUAAUUGAAACCGUUGGGCAAAGUUUCUUAUAACAUAACCGUGGAACGAUCUUAUAAUCAUAUAUAAGUCAUAACUCCACGGAUUGACAUAUGCAAUGAAACAAGACCGAGUCGGUGAAUGCAUUCGCCAUCUCGGUUUUCUUUUCCUUGA